ACUUGCAGCUGAAAACGCCCGUCCAAAGCAAGCCCUUUCUCCGUUGCUGCGCAUUGGACAACGUGUGCAGCGGGAAGCGAGGCCAAUGUUUAUCCGGUGGAUGUGCACACUCGGGCGCUUACAUGGAAGGAACGAGAGAAACUUCGGGAGCAUGCCCAAACUUCUGGGUCCCUCACAUGGCACAACUUUGUUUCAAAGCCCAAUCACGCGUCUGUAUGGACGCCUCCAUGCAGGCGGCGGGGAGAGUUCCCGCGUGUUCGCCAAGGUGUGGCUUCUUGCACAUUUUCAGGCGGAACGACGGACAAGGCAAGCUCCGGAGUACAGAUACAGGGCGGCACGGGAGAAACAAGAAUGGAAAGCAGCGAUGCAUGUCACCAUCCCAUCCCCUCUUUGCCUCAAUAAUUUGCAUGCCCGUAUGUCUUGGGUUUCCAGCUUUCAUUUCCCGGUUUUAUCUAGUCCUGUUUCUGUUUUGUUUGCUCUGCACGCAGCAUGGUGGCGCAGACAUGCUCGACGAGUUGAGGUUGGGUUCGAGAGCUUCAGCUUCAAUAACACACAACUCACAGUCCCAAACCUGAUAGCAUGCAUUCGGGCUGGCUGCAGUCCCAUCAUUCGAACUCUCAUCGCUCGUCACCUAAUCGUAUUUGUCUCCCUCAUAACGUUAUCCCUCCCGUCAUCGAGGGUUCUUCCUAGUCUAUGUUUGGCCGAUCUCGAUUUCUUUUUCAAAGCCACUCGUCGUUGCCCUGCAAGGCCGUUGGUCCGUUGGCGCCUCGGGGCUUACACAGUA